AUUGGGCACUCUAGUGUCAACAGCUAGGCGGUGUUAUUAGCUUGCUGUUCUUGGAUUUAGUCUGCUAGUUGUCAAGAGGCGCAGCUGGUGGUUAAUGAUAAAGUAAAGCAGAUCUUUCACGAGUCAAACUGACUAGUUGUAAUCUUGCAGGUUAUGUUUUUACCUCCUGAUGCAGACGGAGCUGGCCAGAGUGGAGAAGAGUUUUUUGUCGCGCAUGGCUUUAAAUGUAAAAAGUUGAUUCUUCUAACCGGGAGGAGUUUCUUGGUCACAUUAACAGCAGCUGCCUUUUUAAAUUCUGUUUGAAGAAAAUUAGGAGUAUUGCCGCAGCUAGCAUUGUGUUAUUGCUGCCGUUUUAUUUUUUGUUGUUUGCUAAAGUAAAAAUGCGUUGGAAUGUACUGCUGAGUCUUCUUGCCUUUUUCGGCACAGAACUUUUUAUCAAACUUGGGGUGUUCGUGCAUGGAUAUGGGGAAGAAGAGGAGAUGAGAUGUGACCACAUACGGAUUGCCAUGUGCCAGAAUCUGGGUUAUAAUGUGACUAGAAUGCCAAACUUAGUGGGGCAUGAGGUACAGGCGGAUGCAGAGCUGCAGCUGAUCACUUUUACGCCUCUGAUUCAGUAUGGAUGUUCUAGUCAACUGCAGUUCUUCCUGUGCUCCGUUUAUGUGCCUAUGUGCACUGAGAAGAUCAAUAUCCCUAUUGGUCCUUGUGGUGGCAUGUGCCUUUCUGUAAAGAGAAGGUGUGAACCUGUUCUAAAGGAAUUUGGGUUUGCCUGGCCAGACAGCCUCAACUGCAGCAAGUUCCCACCCCAGAAUGAUCAUGUCCAUAUGUGCAUGGAGGGCCCAGGUGAUGAUGACAUUUCCUAUCCCAGCAACAAAGGAUCUUUGCAACCUGGAGAAGACUGUCAAAGCUUUGGGACAAAUACUGACCAGUAUGUCUGGGUGAAAAGAAGUCAUAACUGUGUUCUGAAAUGUGGUUACGAUGUUGGCCUUUACAAUAGGUCUGCUAAGGAGUUUACAGAUAUCUGGAUGGCAGUUUGGGCUACGGUUUGUUUUAUAUCAACUGCAUUUACAGUUUUGACCUUCCUCAUAGAUUCCUCCAGGUUUUUGUACCCUGAGCGUCCCAUCAUAUUCCUCAGUAUGUGCUAUAACAUAUACAGUAUUGCUUACAUUGUGAGACUAACAGUUGGCAGAGAAAGGAUAUCUUGUGAUUAUGAAGAGGCAGCUGAACCUGUUUUAAUCCAAGAAGGUCUAAAGAAUACUGGCUGUGCUAUUGUAUUUCUGCUGAUGUACUUUUUUGGGAUGGCAAGCUCAAUCUGGUGGGUAAUCUUGACUUUAACAUGGUUCCUGGCAGCAGGACUGAAAUGGGGCCAUGAAGCUAUUGAGAUGCACAGUUCCUACUUCCAUAUUGCAGCUUGGGCAAUACCAGCAGUCAAGACUAUUGUGAUUUUGAUAAUGAGGCUGGUAGAUGCUGAUGAGCUCACAGGCCUCUGUUAUGUUGGUAAUCAAAAUAUUGAUGCACUUACCGGUUUUGUUGUGGCUCCGUUAUUCACCUACUUGGUUAUAGGAACUCUGUUCAUAGCAGCUGGCUUAGUAGCACUGUUUAAAAUUCGUUCCAAUCUUCAGAAAGAUGGUACUAAGACUGACAAGCUGGAAAGACUGAUGGUCAAGAUAGGGGUGUUCUCAGUUCUUUAUACAGUUCCAGCCACCUGUGUAAUAGCUUGCUACUUUUAUGAGAUUUCCAACUGGAAUAUUUUCCAGUAUUCCACAGAUGAUUCUAGCAUGGCUGUAGAGAUGCUAAAAAUUUUCAUGUCCCUGCUUGUUGGUAUCACAUCUGGUAUGUGGAUCUGGUCAGCAAAGACAUUUCACACUUGGCAGAAGUGUUCCAACAGACUUGUAUACUCAGGAAAGACAAAACGUGAGACAAGAGCAGGUGGCUGGGUGAAGCCAGGAAAAGGAAAUGAGACUGUUGUAUAACAUAAUUUAUCUGAGAAACAGUUGUAAUUUCAUUAAGAGCAUUUUGAUAUGCCACAGUGACAUGAAGAAUGUGUGUAAGGACCUUAGUUACUCAGAAUUCAUUGUUUUUGAUGAUUCGGAAAGCACACAAAAAUAAGAUCUGAUCUUUAAAAGUCAUGUUGCAAAUCUAGCUUGACAGUUGUGGCUAUAUUGGGAGGAUGUAGUAUGCAUUGCUUAGUGGUAUGUCAGACUUGUUCAGUGCAUCGGUCAUCCUUGCCUUUUUAACUGAUCAAUUUGUGUGCCUUAAUGGGUAACGGUGCAUAGUUCUACAAGGCACAUCUUAACUAGCACUUAUAAAAAAAGAGAGAGAGAGAAGGUAAUAGCAAAACGGUCAUCAAUUUGUCCCAGGUUUCGGAACAGUUUGUAGAGCAAGGUGUUGUGAUGGGUCCCAAGCAUUCACAUAAGAGGUAGAAGUUGUCAUGUGUCUUACCCUAAAUUGUGGUUGUUUGGGAAUCCGGCCUUUAAUAUCUGCUUGCAGCCUGUUGUUCUAAUCUAGGUAGUGGUGAUGUAGGAGACCGUACGUCAUAGUUAAGUGCAUUAUAAGCUCAGCAUAAAUGCUUCACAUAGCCUUUUGGUCUGUUAUGACCUUGUGGUGUUGCACAUGCUGGAAUCCCGGGCAGGUUCUGUUCUGUAAGUGUUGGAAAACCGGGCACAUUACAGAAAUGUGGUUAUUUUACAGUGUCUCUUUGGCAUAAUACUAAACAGUGUAAAGAAUGUGGUAUUGUCUUGUAUGAAAACUGCAUAUUAAUUUCCCCUCAAAGUAAAAAAUAAAUGGGUGUUUCCCGCCCUCUUUGUUUACAUUACAUAUGUAUGAUGGUCAGUUAAGUCUAUCUAGUCUACUGUUUAUGUGCAUUUAGCAUUUUACAUAUCUCCACCCCCACCUUUCCUUGUGUGGAGCUGUCCCAUGCAUUUUUAAAUGCCCAUGGAUUCUUUCUCCACCAGCCAUUUCAGCAGUCUGUUUGAUCAGCAACAGUUCCUUUCUGAGAGCUAAGGGAGUCAUUAGUCCCCCUCAUUUUUCACAGUACUUUGACAUGUAGCUUUGUAUUAAUUUAAUGCUGGUUUAGACUUUCAUACCACCUUCAUAUGUACCAGCUAGAAUAUUUGGAGAUUUGACUUGCUUUUAAAAUAUUUUGGCUUUUUCUUUCAUGCCAGAGUCUGUAGUCCAAUAGUACAUGCCUUAAAAAAAAAAAAAAAAAUGCCUGUUGUGCCUUUCUGAGUUGUAAGUACCACAGUGUGUCCUUGGUAAUAGUCAUUGUAGCCAUGGCCUGUAUUUCCUGACAGUGCAGAAUAUGAAUCCAAAAGCAGAACUCUGUGUACUUAAACUGGAUCAAAAAAGUCCUGCUGACUAAAUAGACAGUGUCAGACCAGCAGCAAGCUGCUUGCUGACUAAAUAGACAGUCAGACCAGCAGCAAGCUGCUUGUGUCAAAUGAGUAUAGCCUGCCCUCUAGUGGCUAAUGGCAUGAGGUGCCGUUUCAUUCAGUCAGUGUUUGCUACAGUUCUUUUUUAGUAUUACUGAAGACCAUACUUUUUCAACACGUCUUCACAGCAUUUAUUUUUCUGUUAUUUAAGGUAGUGAGAUUUGGCAGGAGUACUUUUCGUACUUUCAAAAAUGUACACUGGAUAUGAAAUAAUGCAGUCCGUGCUUCAAGAUAUUGGAUUAUAUUGUUCAUUUGUUUUCAUUUAUGUGCUACUAAAGAUUAUUUAAUGUGACUCUUUCAAACACUUAAUGAACUACUGUAAAGCAUUCUGACUUUUUUCUCCACAUAGUAAGUAAAGCCCAUGGGUAGA